ACCCGCCUAUUUCUUGCACUGCGCCGUCCCUCCUUUGAGUGCUCUCGUCCUGCCAGCACCAGACGUCCGCUCAGCCGCUUUCUCUUCUGCUUUACGUACAGACAGUCAUCUUCCACCACCAUGUCAGCUGGAAAUGCUCAUAUUGGCAAGCCUGCCCCUGCCUUCAAAGCCACAGCUGUAGUGGAUGGACAGUUCAAGGACAUCCAGCUGUCAGACUACAAAGGGAAGUAUGUAAUCUUCUUCUUCUACCCCCUGGACUUCACAUUUGUGUGUCCCACUGAGAUCAUCGCCUUCAGCGACAGGGCAGAGGAGUUCCGCAAACUCGGCUGCGAGGUUAUCGGCUGCUCCGUAGACUCUCACUUCAGUCACUUGGCCUGGAUCAACACACCAAGGAAGCAGGGAGGUCUGGGUAACAUGAAAAUCCCCCUCGUGGCAGACCUCAACAAGACCAUCUCCAAAGACUAUGGUGUGCUGAAGCAGGACGAUGGCAUUGCAUACAGGGGUCUGUUUGUGAUCGACGACAAGGGCAUCCUGAGGCAGAUCACCAUCAAUGACCUGCCCGUGGGCCGCUCUGUGGACGAGACUCUGCGCCUGGUCCAGGCCUUCCAGCACACUGACAAAUAUGGAGAGGUGUGCCCCGCUGGCUGGACACCCGGUAGCGACACCAUCAUCCCUGACGUGGAGAAAAGCAAAACCUACUUCUCCAAGCAGUAAACGGGAAGGUCUCCUCGCAGACUUCCUAUCAAAGCACUUGCCUUCAGAUGAGAGGUGUCCCUGUGAAGCAGUAUUUCAUGGCGUCCAAACUCAUGUAUUCAACAAAACGAGAUUUCAAAACGUGUUGGAUAAAUCUUUUGCUUGCAAAUCUUUAUCUUUGUACGUCCAGUGUACAAUAGGUGGGGAUGACCUCAUAGUCUCAAGCACUGAAAAUAUAGUUCCUUUUUCAGAAAAAAAUAUUAAUAUUUUUCUUUGCUGGAGUUUAAUAAUUUGCUACCAUCUUUAUUAAAACUAGUGGGAAAACUAUGA